CUGAUUUGUAAACAAACUGAAUAUGGAAUUGGUAAAGCGCGCAUUUUUACGUGCUUCGAAGAACCACAGCGCGCUCAGCUAUGAGUUGAUAGAUCAAAUAUUAACACCGCUCUGCGAACUCCAUAAAGUACACAAGCCGUUCAACAAGGAGGCAGUGAAAGCCUUUGUCAGCGAAAUCGACGCCUCCAUUAGUGUUUUUGAUCAGACGCUGGUUUUCGUAAAACAUGCCCUGAAGAACGAGGAGUACUUGGUGUACGCCAAGACAGAUGCCACUCCGGACACCAUAGCCAACACAGGUCUGGUGGCAGAAGAAUGCCAAUACUUUGCCAAGCUGCUGGACAAAAUAGCUGGCGAAGAAAACUGCUGCAUGGCCUGGAACGGUGCCUACCGGGAUUUGGGCAUUGAGAAGCCGCUCAAGAAGGUCCGUAUGCAGGAGCUGAUCCAAAAAUGGUGCCAAAUGGGAUACUUUCUGGAGGCGGAGGACAACAUAUACCUAGGGCCACGAACGCUUGUGGAACUGAGUUUCUAUUUGCGCACCAAUCACGCGGAAAACAUCGACAGCUGCAAGCUGUGCUCUAACCUGGUGCUAUGGGAUAUUCGAUGUGAAUCGUGCGACAUCCAGUAUCAUCGAGACUGCAUACGCAAGUUUUUGCAGAAACGCUCCAAUUGCCCGUCCUGCAACGAGCUGUGGAAAACGCCAUUGCGGGCGUCCAUAGAAGGGCGACGAUAGCUUACACCCCAGCCAUGAAUAAUAAAACGAGUGUUUAGCAAAACCGACAACAGUUAUUCUUUCGCAGCACUGCACAGACAAGAACAGUUGCACU